CCUCCAGCACAUCUGCCAAGCAGCAGUCUGACACACGGCCACAGAUCAACAUGAUGAGGCUGCUGAUCCUGCUGCUGUUGCCAUGGACGAGCUCAGCGCUGGUCAGGGUCCCUCUGAAACGGGUACCUUCGAUUCGUACCCAGCUUCGAGCCGAAGGGCAGCUAGAGGAGUUCCUGAAAGAUCACCGUCCCGACAUCUUCAACCGGCGCUAUGCUCAGUGCUUCCCACCCGGCACGCAGUCGCUCAGGCUCGGACGCUCCAGCGAGAAGAUCUACAACUUCAUGGAUGCUCAGUAUUUCGGGGAGAUCAGUUUAGGAACUCCAGUGCAGAACUUCUCAGUGAUAUUUGACACUGGAUCAGCGGAUCUCUGGGUGCCGUCUUCCUACUGCAUCAGUCAGGCCUGUGCAUUACACAGGCAGUUUAAAGCUUUUGAGUCAACCUCUUUCCACCAUGACGGGCGAACAUUUGGGAUCCACUAUGGAUCAGGACACCUCCUGGGAGUCAUGGGCAGAGACACGCUGAAGAUUGGGGAUCUGGUUGCCUUGAACCAAGAGUUCGGGGAGUCCGUGUACGAACCUGGGGCUACGUUCGUGACAGCAAAGUUUGAUGGUGUUCUGGGACUGGCCUACCCAACCCUUGCAGAGAUCCUUGGAAACCCUGUUUUUGACAACAUGAUGGCACAGAAAAUAGUGGAUGAGCCUGUCUUCUCCUUCUUCCUCACCAGGAGAACAAGUACCAGCAACCCAGAAGGAGAGCUGUUGCUAGGUGGAAAAGAUGAAUCAUUGUACACUGGACCAAUCAACUGGUUGCCUGUGACUUCUAAGGGAUACUGGCAGAUCAAGAUGGACAGUUUGGCUGUGCAGGGUGUAAGCUCUUUUUGCCCGAAUGGAUGCCAGGCAAUUGUUGACACGGGAACUUCCCUUAUUGCCGGGCCGACCAAUGAAAUCCUCAGUCUUCAACAGCUGAUUGGAGCCACACCAACAAACUUCGGAGAGUUUCUCAUUGACUGUGCCAGGUUGUCCAGUUUGCCUCAUGUGACUUUUGUCCUGGGUGGAAAUGACUACACACUGACAUCUGAGCAUUAUGUUAGAAAGGAGAUGCUGGGCGGCAGGGAGCUGUGUUUCAGUGGUUUCAUGUCUGUGGACAUCAUUUCCCCCGAAGGUCCUCUGUGGAUUCUGGGAGACGUAUUUCUGACUGAGUACUACAGCAUCUUCGACAAAGGACAGGACAGAGUGGGCUUUGCCCGUGCCAAACAUCCCAUUGAAUAAUAACCAACUAGUUAUAUAGCAGUUUGAUCAAUAUGUUUUGAGCAAUUAAAAAGCAUUUAUAAUCCUU